CCGGGCCCCGCCUCCCGCUCUGCUCCUCGCCGGCUUGGCUGGGCUGGUUCCUGGCUGGCUGGCUGGCUGGCUCUGAGGCGAGGGCUGUUGCCGCAUGCUGCUGCUGGGUGCCGCCGCCGCCGGAGAAGGAGGAGGAGGAGGGAGGAAGAAGCGGGAACAUGGCGGAGCCGGACUGCAGCGCGCUUCUGGACGAGGAGCUCUCCUCCUUCGUCUUCAACUAUCUCACCGACAGCCAGCAUGAAGUGUCUGGUGAGGAGCACCUUUAUUCUGACUUCCCAGAGAUUGAUUUGUCCCAGUUGGAUGCCAGUGACUUUGAUUCAACGAAUUGCUUUAGUGAGUUGCAGUGGGACUGUGGGCGCUCCGAAACAGAGUCCAGCCAGUACAGCACAGAUGACUCAGAGCUUUUUCAGAUUAUAGACAGCGAGAAUGAAGCAUUGCUGGCAGCCCUCACCGAGACACUGGAUGACAUCCAGGGGGACGACAUGGGUCUGGCCACCUUCAGAAAUAUGGACGAGGGGGACAUGCCCAACAGCGGCUACACAUCACCCACCCCCUAUCCCAAACCUGCCACCCCUGUCUCUAGGGGCCCUCCUCUGACCCCCGAGGUUGAUGAGCUGUCUCUACUGAAGAAGUUGCUCCUUUCUCCAUCCAAUGUGCCUCCAAGCUAUGAGGUUCAGAAAGAAGGGAGUGUUUGGCGUCAAGGAGCUCCCAAAUCCAGACCCCAUCGAGUCUGUACAAAGGUGGAGACUUGCCGAGACAGAAAGCCAAGCUUCCUCCAGACUCACAGUCGGAACUGCACAGAGCUUCAUAAGCACCUUACUUCUGCCACCACAGUCACAAUGCACUGCCCACACACAGAAGACAGCUGGCUGCCAGAUGAGUGCCACCACAGCGGUAGCAACAGCAGUGAGCCCCAGAGACAUUUUGCCCCCAAUGGAGAGGACAGUGACUCCAGCGAAGAUUUGCUGAAUUAUAGUCACGUAGUGGCAACUCCUCCCUCUUCCUCUUCCAGCUCUGAAGAAGGUCCUGGAGAGAAAGAUCUUCAUGCUGCAGUGGAGCUCAUACGCUACAUGCACACUUACUGCCUUCCCUCCAGAAAGCUGCCACCUACAAACUAUAUUGAAGUGAAACACCAGCAUUUUCAUAGCCCCUCGAAAAGAGCAAAGCCAGAUUGCCCCACACAGAGGCUGCUGCUCUGUGCUAAAAACAAUUGUUCCUCCAGCUCUUGCCAUCUCUCUCUUUUGGGCUGCAACCAAUCCAGAGCCCCUGCUUCUGAGUUCUCCAUCCUGAGAGAGCUGCUUGCCAGAGACCUCUCCUGUGAUGUGAGCAAGCCAUACAGAUUGGCCAAGCCUGUGUACUCCUCCUUGGCCAAGUCUCCCAAAUGUCCAAGGACCUCUUCAAUUGAGGCUGAAGGAGGACCCACAGAAAUGUGUAAAUCCACACCCAAAACACCACUAGAGAUGAAAACUGAGCCAAGGCAAACUCCCACAACAGAAUCUGAAGCUAAGAAAGAGACUGGCAGCCCUACAGAAGAGGGCACAAUGAAACAGGGGACACUUCAGGUUCACCAAACCUUUGGCAAAGCAGCUCGUAAACAGGAGAGCUCUGUUUAUGCAGUGCGGCGCUCCAAAAGACUCAACCCUGACCUCAGUCCCUGGCUGUCCUUUCUGGAGGAGUCUCCUCCAGACUCUGCUGUAUCUCCAGCAGCAGCAGUGAACAAAUCUGCCACCCCUGAGUCUGUCCUGUGCUCCUCCUUGCAGAAUUUUGAUACAGAAGCACCAGCAGCCGAGGUUGAAGUGAGUGGUGCAGAUGAAACAGACAGCAAAUUUCAGGGGUUCCCGAUGGAAUUGCAGACCCCUUCACCAGAGAGCUCUGGGGAGAGUGAAGUGUGUGAGAUAAACGAGAGCCAGUACUAUACCUUCAUGCGUCAAAGAGAAGCACCAAGGAGUCUGUCAUUGCCCUUGGCACAAAUAGAACCCACGUUUGGCAAGCGUAACUUUGAACAAGUUCUGACGGUAGAACUGUGUGGCACUGCAGGUCUCACACCACCAACUACUCCACCAUACAAGCCUUCAGAGGAGGACCUGUACAAGCCAGAUAUUCACCAGAUGCCAGGGAAGGACAUAGCUGUCAUCACCAGCUCAGAACCACCACUAAUGACAGGUGAUGGGGCAACCUUCAUGAAACGCCAGAAGAAGCACCCAGUGCGGACUGAGUUGUAUGCCCAUCUGAGUCGGGCUGCUGCCCACCCCUCUCAGGCUGAACAGCAUGGGGUAUUGAAACGCCCAUUCUCACGCUCCUUUGGUGAUCAUGACUAUUGCCAGGUCUUGAAGCCUGAGGCCUCACUCCAGAGGAAGGUGCUGAAAUCCUGGACACCCCCAAACCAUGUGGAAAGCCAACAGAAGAAGAAGGUUUCUCAUGCACCCCGUCAGGAAGCAAGUGAUCUGGGUAUUGAUGAACUCUUUGCCAAGGAGGGCACCAAACAACUGAGAGACCAGGAUAUCAGAGCCAGCUUGACAAAACACUUUGGCCUUUUGGACAGUGCUCUGGAUGACGGGGAGAUGGUGUUUGGCAAGACCCAAGAAUAUGACCCUGUCUUUGAUGACAGUUGCAGUGAGUUUGAGUCCCCAUUGGAGAAAGAAGGGGAAGAGGAGGAAGAAGAAAAAGAGGAGGAGGAAGAGUGCUCUAUAAGUCCAUUAGAAUCCAAGAUAUGUCCAUACAAGAAUCCUCUUUCUAGGACCAGUUUGCACUACUGUUCCCAAAGCAGGUCUGCUUCAGAAUCAUCAUUCUGCAGAUCCAGGACUCCUGCAAACCACUGGGCUUUCAGAUUUGAAAAUGGAAAGCCAUGUCAAGAUGGAACGAUGAGUGACCAGGGACAGAUGGAGACGAAAAGAGGAAAAGCCAUUGGAGAAGGCCGGGUGGUGUACAUAAGAAAUCUUGCCAGCAGUAUGAGCUCCACUGAACUGAAGAAGCGUUUUGAAGUGUUUGGAGAGAUUGUUGAGUGUUGUGUUUUGACCAGGAAUAAAAGGGGAGAUAAAUAUGGCAUUAUUACGUAUCGGUGUUCUGAACACGCCGCCUUAUCCUUGAAGAAUGGUGCCUCUCUGAGGAAAAGAAAUGAGCCCUUAUUCCAGCUGAGUGGUGGUAGCUUUGGGCACUUCUUCUGGACCAGAUACACUGACUUGGAUUCCAAUACUGAAGAGUCCUCCCUGGUUCCGGUUAAAAGCAAAUAUGAGACCAUGGAUUUUGACAGCCUGCUGCAGGAGGCCCAGGAGAGCCUGCAUCGGUAACAGCCUUAACCUUUGAGGAAUACCUCAAUACCUCAGUCAAGGCACUUCCAAUAUGUUUACGUUUUCAAAGAAUUAAGUAUACAACACGAACGAGAGAGAGAUUGAGAGAGAGAGACUGCUGUCCUUUUAAAAUCGAUGUUUACAUUGAACAAGCUGCUUCUGUCUGUGAGUCCCCAUGGUGUUGAUGUUCCACUGCCACACAUUAGUAUCAUUGCUUCUGAUUGGUUGUGUUAGGAUGAGCCUGCAAAAGCCUCCUGUCCCCUAUUUGUACACACUUCCUUCCUCUCCACCUCCUUUUCCCAAUGGUCCCCUUCCUCACUUCUGCCGUGGAGUUGCAGCUGUGUUCACCAUUUCUUCUUUCUAUUUUCUUUUUUUUGUCCGUAGUGUGUGAUGAUGAAAUUGUUAAUUGUGAAUAGAAUCAAGAUUGUAAACUAAUUUUUAAUAGAAGAAAGAAAUAUAUACUUAUAAUGUAUUUAUGGCUCAGAUGUACUGUAAUUCAGAUUUAUUGUACCGCUUCCUUGAUUUUUAACUAUGCACUGUAAUGAGACACUUGCCCCUCAGCAGAUGUGGCCUCAUCCAGAAGGGUGCCCUUCAAUUAGCAACUCAUCCCAAAAUUGAUAUCCCCUUCAACCCUACUGUUGAUGAACCAAGGUAUUACAAAGUAAGGUUGAAAAAUUCUCAUUCAUGUGGAUAAAAUGUCGGGAUAUCUGCUCCCCAGUCAUUAGCUGUGUGGUUCCACAGGCCCUGGGUAUAUGAGAAUAAAAUUCUUGGGUGGUAAACCUUUCAAAAUAAUAUACCUGAGAAGUUAUAAGGGACAUUUCCCUGCUUCCCUUUGCUUCCUGGAUUGGCAGUGGUCACCAAGGAGUGAAACGCCACUGCUUUUCCAAGCAAAAGAAAUGAUGUGCAAGAAAAGUCUUGCUGGCCUAUGCUGUCCAGUGUUAUGGUUUCCAAAGCUGUGAGCAGAUGCCUCUGGGAAUCCCAAAUACAGGGCUUGAUGGCCAUAAACGGUCAUCUGCCACUAUUGUCCUCUAGCAAUGAAAAGAUUAGAUUACUUCUGAACUUGGAAGUAACAUAAAACUAUUGUUUUCUCAUGUUGGCCAUUGGUAGACUUAGCUUCCCUGUAAAAGCUGAUGGCAAGACUAAAGAAAUCUGAAAGCAAUAUCCAGAAGAAUUAUGUUAACAAUUGUCCUAGCUUUAGUGAUAGCAUCGUUUCACGAUGUCCCUCAACACAAUGUUGGGUUUAAGGUGCAGGCACAUGGAACAAUGUGUAUGAAGGCCAUACAUCUCAUCACUAGUAGCCUCAGGAAUAGUUUCUUCAGCCAUUGGGUCAUCUGACCAAACAAAUCUCUCCCCAGAGCGAGGGGCUCCUCUUCAAGACCCCAUCAAAAGCCAUCAAGGGCAUCCUUGUCUGUGAACUGGCCAUGUGUACAAAGUGCUCAAAGCUGGCUAACAGUGCAUGGAUCAUCAGCUUAAUCUAUCUCUGAAUGCAACACUCCUUAUAAGCAGAGUCAUAUAAGCCAUAAAGCAUAAAGCCAUUGCUACAAUUUACUUGUUUCAUUUUCCUUCCCAUUCCCUGCCUUCUAUUUACCUGUGGAUGUAUUCUUGUGGCUCUAAUCUAGUGUCUCACACAAAUACAUGCACAUUUCCUUGAUUGGUGGCUUUUCAAAGAUUCAAGGACCUGAAGAGUCCUUGAGAAGUAACAUAGCACAGGGGUUAAAAUGUUGGACACACCUGAAAGAUCCCAGUUGAAGUCCCUAUAGAGCAGUGGUUCUCAACCUGUGGGUCCUCAGAUGUUUUGGCCUUCAACUCCAGAAAUCCUAACAGCUGGUAUUUCUGGCUGGGAUUUCUGGGCGUUGUAGGCUAAAACACCUGGGGACCCAUAGGUUGAGAAUCACUGCUAUAGAGAUUUACAGAGUGACCAGAUUUUCUCUCUCGCCUAUCCUACCUAGUAAGUUUGUUGGGAGGAUAACAUAAUCAUUGGAGGAAAGAAAGAGAGUAAACACAGAGUAAAUUAGGGUAAUUAUUUAUGGAAAAGAAAUUGAUAUUGAUUUGGACCAUAGAAUCAUAGAAAAACAGAGUUGGAAAAGACCACAUUUACCAUCUAGUCCAACCCCCUGGCACGCAGGAAAAGCACAAUCAAAGUAUCCCUGACAGAUGGCCAUACAUCCAAAGUAUCCCUGACAGAUGGUCAUCUAGCCUCUGUUUAAAAGUUUCCAAAGAAGGAGCUUCCACCACACUCUGAAGCAGAAGUUCCACUAUUGAACAGCUCGUACAGUCAGGAAGUUCUUCCUAAUGUUCAGAUGGAAUCUCCUUUCCUGUUAUUUGAACCCAUUGCUCCAAAUUCUAGUUUCCAGGGCAGCAGAAAACAAGCCUGCUCCCUCUUCCUUUCACAUAUUUAUACAUGGCUAUCAUGUCUCCUCUCAACCUUCUCUUCUGCAGACUAAACAUACCCAGGUCUUUAAGAUGCUCCUCACAGGGCAUGGUCUCCAGACCUUUGAUCGUUUUAAUCGCCCUCCUCUGAACACCUUCCAGCUUCAAUAUCUCUAUUGAACUGUGGUGCCCAGAAUAAGACACAGUAUUACAGGUGAGGUCUAACCAAAGCAGAAUAGAGAGGCACAAUUAUUUCCCUCAAUCUAGAUACCAUACUCCUUUUGAUGCAGUCCAUUAGCUUUUUUAACUGCUGCAUCACAUUGUUGGCUCAUGUUCAACUUGUUGUCCAUGAAGACUACACGAUCUUUGUCACGUGGACUAUUGUCAAGCCAGGCAUUACCCAUUUUGUAUCUUUGCAUUUCAUUUUUCUGCCUAAGUGUAGUAUCUUACGUUUAUCCUUGUUGAAAUUCAUUUUAUUAAUUUUGGCCCAGCUCUCUAAUCUGUUAAGGUCUUUUUGAAUUCUGAUCCUGCCCUCUGGAGUAUUAGCUAUCCCUCCUAAUUUGGUGUCAUCUGCAAACUUGAUAAGCAUGCCCUCUAAAUCUUCAUCCAAGUCAUUAGUAAAAAUUUUGAACAGUACUGGGCCCAGGACUGAACCCUGUGGCACUCCACUGGUCACUUCUUUCCAGAAUGAAGAGGAACCAUUGGUGAGCAACUAUUGGGUUUGGUCACUUAACCAAUUAUAGAUCCAGAAUGCCAGGUCACAGCUUGUGUGCUCAGAAACCUGAAUAAAUUAUCAAGAAAGAUGUUCCUUUUCAGCUACCACAGCGGUUUGGUGUGUGAAAUGACCAAUUUGCCUAUUCUUGUACUCUACCCAGAUUUAAAUGUUCAUGGGUAUGUGAGGGAGACCAAAAAUCAAUAGAUACAUCAAAGAGAGAUGAUUUUCCUGUGAGGAACCGAAUCCUUUGCUAAUUUCUCAGAAAGACACCACAUUUUUUAUUUUUCACAAAAAGUUGAGGCUUUCAGGAUUGCACCAUCCCAUGUAGAUAGACUACAACAGCCUUAAUUCUGCCAAUAAAUACAUGCUUCUUCCCUGAAGGUCUCCUUGGCAUUAACAUGUAUUUAAUUUGAAUCAAAUUCCACAGAUUGCCACAGACCCUCAGGCCAAAGGCAUGUCACCUAAAGGUUUACCUUUCUCAUUAUCUUGGGAAUGGCCUCAUGUGUCAGAAACACCACAAGGAGUCAGCUCAUGUAUGUUACCAUAUGCUUGAUAAUCAAUUGCUUGAUUAUUUCUGUCUUUGGACGUGGUGCUUUUAUAAUAACAAGAGUUCAUUUCAUGCAGUAGCUAACAUGGUCCCAUGUGUUGUUGAUUUAAAUUCACUGUCACUGUAUUGGCAGCUGCUGUGUUGCGCACACCACCUCUGUUUGGGCAAGGCUGGUAGAUCCCCCUCCCUGUAAUCUGCCCAGAUCAAAGUCUGGGUGAAGCAUCUGCUGUUGACAAGUGCCUCAUUGUAGCUCUGCCUUUUUCUGUCCUAGUAUUUCCUCACCACAAUGAUGUUUACAUGUGAUUGCUAUAGAGCUUACUGUAGAAUGUACAUAGCGACACAUUUAGGGUGGGUAGGACUGUCCUGUCCUGUGCUGUGCUGAUGUUUUCAGAAAACAAUCAAACAAAAAUAAUUAUAAUAGUAACCACCCCAACAAUCAAUAAGUGGAAUUCUUCCAUCUCCUGACUUGGUUUCAAGGGUAGAUCAAAGUUCAUAGCUAGCUUCAGUCAGAGAGAUGGAAAAUGCAUCAAAUUUUAAGUGUGUCGAACGUGUUGGAGGAGUUGUCAUUCUGCUCUCUGGAAGGAACUGCCUUCUGAGUGAGUCACUUGCAAACAUGGCUUUAUAAGUGGGUUCUAUAUUUCAAGUUGCUUUUCAGAGGCUGGAUGAAACAUGCCAAUGAUACUAGAGCAUGCCUGUAGUGUGUUCUAGGAGGAAGAAGGAAAAGUCUGUAACGCACAUGGCCUCUCAGUCCUAAGUAUAGGGAGAGGUGCAAUAAGUGGUCUUUGUGUUGCCUGAAGCCUAUAAAAUAUUACUUUGUUUUAUUUUGCAAGAAACGUCACUAGAACUUUAUGCAAUAUGCACACAUGUGCACAAACGCACACCUGUAUUAGGGAAAGGGAGCUGUGGAGGUAAAGGAAGGGGCACCGAACCCCUCUCUUUGCUGCUAGGCAGACAACAAAAGCUGUGAAGCUAACCAUGUUGAAUGUAGAACCUGAGUGGCAUGGUUUGACAAGGAUGCACAUUUUAUGCUGGUUAUGGCAAACCAGUCCCUGUGGUUUCUGUUAAUGGAAGUACAGCUACGUUUGCAUCGGCCCUACAGGGAGCAAUGUGAGAAAGUUCUUUGUUCUUAUUUACUCUUCUAGUAGCUUGGGAUGGUGCAGCCUGGAACUGUAGAAUUUUAAGUAAGAGGUCUCUGUAAGACCCCACCACCCCCAAAAGUAAUGUUAUCAGAAAAUUUCAGGAGGGAUAGAACACACUAAAGAUUCUUUUUUUAAAAAUCAGCACACUGCCAUGUGCUGCAAAGAGUUGCUCUGGGAUAUUGCUGAUGAAAAGCCCAGCUCUGUAUAGCCCAGGAAUCAGUAGGGUCAUUUUGGAGUCAUGGAGGUCCUACCCACAAGUCAGAUUUGCAGUGUGAAUGUGUUCAUAAUAGACCUACAGAACCUGUGAUGCACCAACCCAAAUAUAUCUAGCCCCCUCAAUAUAUUUUGAUCGUCCUGUAGAGUGUAAAUUCUUUCUGUGCGGAAUGAGGUUGUGGAUUAAGCUGGAACCACAAUAUACAUACACUAGUUGCAGAAUGCAGCCAUGAUUUUGAGCUGGCAAAGGGAAAAGAAACAGUUAUUCUUUGGUAGGAUGGGAGUAAAAUGAGCAUUAUAUAGCACUAUAGCCAUAACUGCCACUAACAUAUUCAGGCAGAAUCUUUCUUUAUGGAUUUCUGUUCCACACCUUUUGACUUCACAGGGGCAAAACAUGGAUGCCACCUGGCUAAGAGCACGCUCAGAAUGGUGCCUAUUUGCUAAGGGGAGGAAUUGUCUGUAUAGUCACUUUCCUUUUUGGAGGAGCCUGCCCCAGUGUUUUUUCCUCACUUAAAGUUUGUGAAAUCUGCCUACACUUCUCCUCCAUUCAUAACAUGAAUGAAUAAUGCCAGCACCUCCACAGUCAAGGAAUAGAUCUAGCCAUAACAUCAAGCAACAGAACAAACCAAGCCCUUGUGAGACCAGGCAGAGAAACCAAAUAAGAAGAAUUCAUUUUCCAGGGUGUUUCGGAACAAAAGGGUGUAUUAAGAAAGGCAAUCAUGAGAGAGACGUUUAUUUUUUUAAAUAGAAUUAUCUAAAUAUGUAGGUGCCUGUGUGUGCGCGCACACGUGUGUGUAUGUGUGAGAGAGAAAUCUCUUCCUUUUUAAAAAUCAGGAAAAAAUACCUUAAGAUAGGAAUAAUUCAUAAGCCAUUUCUUUAUCCUUGGAUUGUUUAAUAAACUCUUGUUCUGUACGAAACACAAACAUCAAUGCUAAUGAAUUGGAAAUCUGGAAUCUAUGGAGGAAGGGAAGAUCCAAGGUAACACGAUGAAGAGACUGAACACAGGAGAGAGAAAAAUGCAGUUUCAACUUUGUAUGAUCGGAAAAGUCAGCUUCAUAUUCCCUCUGAGUGUGACCAGUCUGAGCUGUGCUACCGCCAUGAAAUUGUGAUGCCAGCUUCAUGUUGUGUUUCCAUAGGUAGUAUUAGAUUGUCAAAAAGCCUUAGAAGAGUGUGUAUGUCUAUGUGUGUGCGCACCGAGCACAUGUAUGAGUGACUCCUUUCUUUUCAUUUGUUGGGUGAAAAUAAUGUUAUUUAUAGUCCUUACUUUGUUCUUACAGCAGGGUAGUCUGUUCAUGACACUUUAGCAAUAUGACCACAUGAAGCCAUCAGCUUUCAAUUUUCUUAUUUUAUGAAGAUUCUGGGGAGAGGGUAGAUUGUUUAGGCCUCAUGUCCAUCCAGGUAUUUUGCAAAUGAUUCUUCUUGAGCCCCCUACAUUACUGAGUUUCAUGAAUCAUUUUAUGGGCCAUCUAUAAAUUUUGAUGUCUGAUUGUACAUACUCCUUGCACUUAAAUUGCAGGUACCUUUUCUUGCACUUAGUGCAAUGCACCCCCACCCCAAGCCCCAAUAACCCAAGAAUGGGUACAGUCUGCAUUUUACCUCCAGUUUCCUGGAGGAAACACACAAGACAUAAUCGAGUACUAUUGGGGGGGGGGGCAGAUUUGUUCUAGAAACAUUGGUACAAAAAUGUACACAUACACAGACCUUACUGUGGUGUGACCCACCACACAUUGCAGGCUCUGUGGUUGUAUCUUGAAACCUCUCUGGGUUCACAUAAUUAAAGACCCCCAAAUGCUCCCUUCUUGUGGAAAAUUGAAUGUGUCAGGGAGGUUAUGGAUGCCAUCUCUCUGAAAACUAAAAUGUCCUAGUAUUCAGAAGAAAGGUGUCACUCUGGUUUGUGUGUAUCCAUACAAAAUAAAAGUAGGAUGGAGUCAUCUUUCUCCUGAGAUUCAGCUCACAUUCAAUAAGGCAAGGUAGCUAGAGGGGUAGCUGCGGGGGGGGGGGGGGGGGGGGGGGAAUGAGGAUAUUGCCCCUCAAAUUGGAAUUUUGUCCCCUGUAUAGCAUUUUCCUUCAGACCCCUAAUAUCUACUGUUGCAGAGAAUAAGGCCAAGAACUAUAUUUGCUGUAGAGUCAGCUCUCUGCAUUUCUGGAUUUGACUAUUUCAGAUUUUAAUAUUCAAUGGGCUGGAUCAAAUAAUAAUAAUAAUAAUAAUAAUAAUAAUAAUAAUAAUAAUAAUAAUAAUAAUAAUAAUAACUCGGGGCGGCUUACAUGGGGCCUUGCCCGAUAAAACAAUCAAAUAUCAAAACACAGCAAUAAAACAGUUAUCCAAUAAAAACAUCAAUUACAGUAAAAACAAUCAUUAAAAUCAACAUAAAACAUACAAUAUUAACACUGGAGACUAAUUCAUAGAACCCAGGCAACGUGCAACAUGUGCCAAAAUGGGCCGAAAUGGGGAAGGUAAUUUCACAGUUAAAAUGGACAAAGUGCAAUAUAGCAUUGGCAACACCUCAAGAAUGGGGCUAUUAUAAAAUGGGCAGAUCGAUCAGUCCAACACCAGAUUAAGUAUCAAAGGCCUUUUGAAAGAGCCAGGUUUUUAAGCUCCUACGGAAGGAGAGGAGGGUGGGGGCCUGCCUGAUCUCUCUAGGGAGCGAGUUCCAAAGCCGGGGGGCCACGACAGAGAAGGCCCUCUCUCUCAUCCCCACCAACCGCGACUGCGAGGGUGGUGGGAGCGAGAGGAGGGCCUCCCCCGACGAGCGAAGAGAACGUGCGGGUUCGUAGGGGGAGAUGCGGUGAUUCUAUGGUCAGUUUCUGGUAGAAGUUUACCAUACAGUUCACUGGUGAACCUAGAGCAAAACCCUAAAGUUUAAAAAUUGUAUUUUUAAAAUUCAUUGUUUUUCACUAUUGCUGAGGUCCUGUGCUUGUAACCUCAGUGAGUGUCAAGGGCUGACUGCAUUUGCAUUUUUUCCUGUGACUUUGUCUGCUCUUGACUUCAGAUGCCUAAACUGCAAGACUAGGCAUUGAGGGACUAAGAUAAAAUUUCACUGGCGGGGACAGCAUUCUUAUUUGGCAAUGCCCUCAUUCCCUUUCCCCUCAGCUAUAUCAGCGAGGGUGAAUACAUGGUCCCCUUCAGCACAAGGUUCAUCUGCCCUUGACAUAUUUGGUCAGUGUAAACAGUGUAAACACAAAGCUUUACAGAAGGUGGAGCUGUUUGCAGUUGGAGAGUUCUGCCUCCCAUUGCAUUUCGUAGCUGAAGGGGCGGGGGGGGGGGGAGCCCAGAUAGCACGCAAUGCAGUCCACCAGCUUGCAUUCAAACCAUGGGAUGUAGGUGCUGAAUUUGGGGAGGGGGACACACAUUAUUUCAACUUUUUAGAACAUAAUUUUUGGGAAAUUUCUUUCCAUUUAUUUAUGGAAGAAUCUAGGUGUGAUGUGAAUAGCCAGAGGUACCCCCACAGAGUCUGGUUUUAAUACAGCAGUUGAUGCUUUAGAAAUCAUUAUUUAUUGGAAAGUUUUGGAGGGAGAAAGAAAAAUUAAUAUCAUUAUUUUGUGGUGUGUGUUUAUGAAUGUGUGUGAACCAGAGAGAAUGAAAGAGACUAAAUUGAUGCAUUUCUUGAGAAAGUGUAAGAAUUUCACGUAAAAAAAGAGGGGCACAUUUGCUAUGUUAUUUAUAAUAAAAGCUAGAUUUUGUUUUGUUUUGAAGAUGACACUGCUAAUAAUUAGAAGGGCCCAGUUCUGCCUCUCUUUUACACAUAUUAAUGAAGUGGUAAUUUGCUUCUGCAGAAGUAAAAGCAGCAGAAUUGGCCCCUUUUCUAAUCAAUAAAAUCAAGUUUUUAGUUUGCGAUUUUACAAAAAAAUGUAUUACUAGAUGAUUUUUUAUAUUUCACUUAAUUUCCCCCAGUUGUGUUGUUUUGUCCUUAUUUAUGUAAUAUAUUUUAUCCUUAAUUGGCAUAGAUUCUUAUGCCUUUCCUUUGUUAUUGUCAUUUUUUAAAGAAAUAUUUCUUUCUAGUGCAAAUUCAAUGUCUACCUUCUAAAUGAGAGAACGUUUUCUUGUAUUUUUACAUUGUCAGAUUCUAUAGUUUCGUAGAUGAUUUAACCAAAUUGCUCAGUGUAUUCUCUAUAUCUAUCUGGUGGGUAUAUAAAAGUUCUAUUUUAAAUUGUGUAAAUACUUCAGAACUGGCUUCUUUUUGAGACUCCCCUGCUGUGGAGUUACUUGUUUACAUCACAAAGACUGUAGAAUCUCUACAUUCAUGUACUGUAAAUAGUGAAGUGAUCUGCCUAUAAAUAAAUAAACCAUAACAAAUA